AUGGAUGCUCAAGUUGGCCAACUAAGUGCAGAAGCUGUUAGGUUUGGAGUCAACGCUCCACGUACGGCUAAUGGAGAUCUACUCCUUCAAUUGUGUGCAGAUCCUCAAUCGUACGCGACCAAUCCGCAAUUUCAAUUUGAUGUCCCGGAAAAUGAGAACGAAGACCAUGAGCUGGUGGUAAUCAGUCUGCUGUUGUGUGACUUCCGCAAGCGUAGUCCACCAAAAAUUCGGCAAAUCGGUUUCCGAAUUUACAGUUUGACUCAGCCACACAACAGUCCUCUGAGUGCAGUUGAAUUGACUUCGCUUCCUACGGUUUACAACACUGAAUGCCAAAGCAGGGCAACGGUGACGGUCCUUCUGCAGUUGAUCCAAGGGUCCUACCUGAUCGUUCCAAGCACAGAGGAGCCCAAUCAAAGAGGAGACUUCAAAAUUCGCUUGGUCAGCCUAUUCAAGGCUUCAAUUUGGGAGUUGGAUAGACCCAACAAACAAUUAGAAAUAUCUGCGGAACAAGAAAUGAUGACACCUAGUGUUGUCCAGUCAGAUCAUAAUAUUAGAACGUGCAUUAGGAAAUUUGACAGACACUGUGACAAGGAAUCGUUCACACUUGACGCAGCUCAGUUACGCAAACUGUUCAGAGAGAACCAUCCGAAAGGCAAGUUUAAAGUGUUUAAAUUCCCUUUAGUGGAAAUACUUAGUUAUAUGUUUGUGUGUAAACAUCUCGCUACUCGAGGUAUUAUUUUUUGUACCUUGGAAGUAGAUCAGUAA